AAUAUGGCAGCCGAAAUAAAACCAGCACAGCGGAGCAACAAUGAUCGCUUCAACACAUCCAAAAAGCCGGAACUGCUGAGUAAGCUUGAGGGGAGCAGCGACGAUGUGAACGCUGCCAUCCUUAUUCCAGGCGAGAACGGCGUAAUCAGCGUUUCCGAUGACAAAACUGUGCGUGUAUGGCUGAAACGCGACUCGGGUCAGUAUUGGCCCAGUAUUUGCCAAUACAUGCCCUCCGGAUGCACUGCCAUCGAAUACGUUUCGGAAACCCGUCACCUGUAUAUUGGACAGGAAAACGGCACUGUGACACAGUAUACGCUCUCUGAAGACUGCAACCGUUUGUCGUUCUUGCGGGAUUACUUGUCCCAUCAAGCCAGGGUGGUGGCUGUUGUUUUCUCCAAAACACACAAGUGGAUAUUAUCUGCCGGAAAAGAUAAGCAGUUCGCCUAUCACUGUACGGAAAGCGGAAAGCGAGUGGGCGGAUACAACUUUGAGACACCGUGUACUGCUCUCCAGUUUGAUGCAUUGGCCAAGUAUGCUUUUGUGGGCGAUCAUGCUGGACAGAUAACUAUGUUGCGAUGCGAAGUUCAAGGAGUUCAACUGAUUACCACUUUCAAAGGACACACAGCCGAAAUUCGGUGUCUAAGAUGGGUGGAAGGACCCCAGCUACUGUUUAGCGGAGCCUGCGAUCAGUCCGUAAUAGUUUGGGAUGUCGGCGGCAAACGUGGAACUAUUUACGAGCUGCAGGGACACAGCAACAAGGUUUCGGCACUGGCCUAUGCCAACCAAACUCAGCAGCUGAUUAGCUGUGGAGAGGACUCCGUGGUUGUCUUUUGGGAAAUGAAUGCCAUGCGAAAGGAAGUUCCUGGGUGGGUGGAGUCCAACAACUGUCAGCUCUGCUCCAGGCCUUUUUUCUGGAACUUCCGUUCCAUGAUGGAUCAGAAGCAACUUGGAAUUCGGCAGCACCAUUGUCGUCAUUGUGGAAAGGCAGUGUGCGACAACUGUUCCACAAAUCGUAUUAACAUACCUAUUAUGGGCUUUGAGUUUGAUGUUCGCUGCUGUGAUCCCUGUUUCAAACAACUGCAGACUGUUGAACGUCCCUCGCUCGCAUCAUUUAAUGACGCCAAACACUCCAUUGUCUACAUGGACCUCGACGAGGACAGGAAGCGCCUGUUGACGGUCGGACAGGACAGGCUCAUCAAGAUCUGGGAUCUUUCCAACAUCUGGUCAUAAUCUUUCAGGUGUGCACAUCCAUACGACCCCCCCCCAAGUCGAAGUACCAAAGGUAUAAUCAUUCAAAGGUGUUUCAGUCUUAACUGGAGUAACCGUGAAGGGAGUGGCAUGGAGAAAUGACUAAAUAAAUCCCAGCUAGGUUCUCAUAUAUUCGAUGUAAAGCAAUAAUCAUGUACGUACGCUACCGCAAACAUAAAAAUAUAGAAAUUCAUCGAUUAAAGAA